GGCGACAACACCGGCAUCCUUGUCAAAUAUCCCGACGCCAACAUUUCAUUUACCAGCGCCUUCGACGUCUUUUCGAUCGGAAUAUGGAUCGGAGGGAUAUCUUCCGGAAUAGGAAUCUGUGCCCUUUCUGUCAUUUUUUCUUACCUGACAAAACGAUUGCGCAUUAACGAUUGGCCGGCGAUGAGUGCUGAGCAUUUUUUAUGGCACUUGUAUGGAACCACGAUUUCUCAAGGGGUAUAUUUUCCGUGCCGACAACCAUCGCAGAAACUUCUCGUUGCGACCUGGUGUUUCGCAACUUUUGUCUUCGUCAACAUUUACAACUCGACUUUGAGGUCUUACAUGUCGGUGACUUAUCAAAGACCCGAAAUCAAUUCCUUUCGCGAUUUGGCUACUGCCACAAAUUACAAGGCCACUGUCUUAAUCGGAUCUAUUCAAGACAUCGAUUUGCGGGUGGUGAUGGAGCGAUACCAAAAUGGUGAUCUGAAAAUGAUCGCCGAUCGAGUCAAGAAAUGUGCACUGGAUUGCAGGAAAUUCUCCUUCGAUGAACUGGCCGUUUCGGUUUUAGAGCAAGAGAACUGCGUUUCCAUUUUACCAUUUUCAGCUGGCGUAGCUCUCCUGGGAAAGUACAAUUUCCAAAGAAGUUGCCGUCUGGCUAUGGCGUUCGAGUCAACUUCGUGGAAGCCCAUGUACUUGGCCGUUCCUAAAUCGAGUCCCUACAAAGAAGAAAUCCAACGAGCAUCGUUGUGGUUCUAUGACACUGGACUGCGGGAUCACUGGUUCGAUGUCUAUGAGAAACCGCCCGGACAGUGUCGACUGGACUACAACAGCAAGGGCGUUGCGACCAAGAGAUCCAGCAAUCAAAUCAAACUCGAACAGUUGCAUCUACCAUUUCUGAUUCUUUUUGGUGGCUAUUUAAUAGCCUUCAUGCAGUUUCUAAGGGAGAAAUUCAUCUGCCCACUUCAAUAAUAAGGUGUGAUUUUUUUUUAAUAACUAUAAUCCACAAGC